CUGGUGGUGUUUGAAGGGUUUAAUGCUGCUUGUAUUUAGUGUGUCAGUGAUGCGGCAGGGUCUGUUCUUACUAAACACAUCAGGUUUGGAUACAUUAGAAAGCAUCAGUGUGGAUCGUGUACGGACUCUGUUCAGUUUAAUAGAACCGAAGGCUUAUUCUAGGUUAAAUCAGUAAGAUUUGGACACUUUAAUGGAAGCAACAUCAGCAUAACAAUAUACAGACGUGUACAUUUUACAUUAAUAUUGUAUUAACCAGAAGCUUGUAAUGGGUAAAGAUUAUUAUAAAAUCCUGGGCAUACAGAAAGGUGCUUCUGAUGAUGAGAUUAAGAAAGCGUAUAGAAAACAGGCUCUGAAAUUUCACCCUGAUAAAAACAAAUUACCUGGAGCUGAGGAUAAAUUCAAAGAAAUCGCUGAAGCUUAUGAUGUGCUUAGCGAUGCCAAGAAAAAGGACAUCUAUGAUCGAUAUGGUGAAGACGGACUUAAAGGUCAUUCUGGAGGUGGUGGCGGAAAUGGGCCGAGUUACACCUUUCACGGAGACCCACACGCCAUGUUUGCAGAGUUCUUCGGCGGCCGUAGUCCGUUCGACCAGUUCUUCGGCCACUGUGCUGAUGAUGACAUGGAAGUCGAUGAUCCAUUUGCUGCAUUUGGCAUGGGAGGCAUGGGCGGAAUGGGUGGAAUGGGUGGAAUGGGCGGCUUUCCCAAGUCCUUUAAGUCUCACGCUAGGGGGCAUGCGGGCAGACAAAAGAAAAAAGACCCACCGGUCAUCCAUGAGCUCAGAGUCAGCUUAGAGGAGGUGUUCUCCGGCUGCACCAAAAAGAUGAAGAUCUCACGCAAGCGGCUGAACCCGGACGGCUGCACGGUGCGCACCGAGGACAAGAUUCUCACCGUGGAAAUAAGGCGUGGCUGGAAAGAGGGGACAAAGAUCACCUUCCCCAAAGAGGGAGACGAGACUCCAACCAACAUCCCAGCAGACAUCGUGUUUGUGGUUAAAGACAAGAAUCACCCCCUCUACCGCAGAGACGGCUCUGACAUUGUCUACCCUGCAAAAAUAUCUCUGCGAGACGCAUUGUGUGGCUGCUCGAUCAGCGCUCCUACACUGGACGGUCGAACCAUCACUGUGACAUCUCGAGAUGUCAUAAAACCUGGUAUGAAGAAAAGAAUUGUGGGUGAAGGGCUACCCCUGUCCAAAAGUCCUGACAAGAGAGGGGACAUGAUUAUGGAGUUUGUGGUGAAGUUUCCAGACAAGCUGAAUCAGGAUGCUUGCAGUGCUCUGCGACAAAUCCUCCCAGCAUGAUCAGAGUGCCAACAAGCUGCGUAGUAUUUUUAUAUCCGUUCCAAA